AUGCGUGUGGCCGACGGCGACUUCCAGAGUGUUGAGGCUCUAUUUGGCGAGCUGCGGACGUUGAAGCACUCAAUCAACUCCCUUGUGAGUGAUGAUCUCCUGAUCCUCAUGGUGUUGGGUGUGUUGCCAUCUGAGUUCUUUGGCGCGCAAAUCGUCCUGGACACGGUGCCGUUUCGGAUUGUGGACGUUGAGGCCAAGUUGAUUGGGAUUUUCGGAUCCAAAUCAAAAUGGGACAUUAUGGGUAUCAGCGACGUCCAAAGUCGCUGGCCAAUUACACCGCACCAACCAGUUGAAGUGAACAACGUGGCCAAUGGGAAGCGAAGGUCCUCGAGCUACGUAACGGGUGGUACCGGCGAGUGUUUUUACUGCUUUGGGAAAUCCAACUACCCUACCGGUGGUGCCAAGCACGUAAAGAAGGGGUGUCCUUUCCGCGUUAAGCGCCACAAGGCGGAGGUGGCUGUCGAUCUUGUCGAGCAGUUCGACCGCGACGCCGGUUACAAAAUCGCGAAUCCGGAUGCUGUAGGGAAUGGGCUCUUGACGGUGGCUGCGGCCAUCACCUUACGUUCAGUCAAGGUUCUAAACUAA